GAUCCUCCCCCUACCCACCCCCCAACCCCCGUUCCAGCAGGGGAGCCCAGACUUCAGUCAAUCUGCCAGGUCUGGUUCGCGGCGCUCCGGUGGCGACACCCGGUCCACAGCCGGGAGGACGAAUAGGGCAGGUCGAAUAGGGUGAGCGAGAGUCGAGCAGUCCCGACGCGAGGAUGGGGUGCUGCGCGGGCGCGGUGAAGGUGCAGAGCGAUGGUGCUUCGCCCUUUCGGGAAGUGUAGCUCCCCUGGCACUCCUGGGCGUGCAGACCUUCGGGGACGCUGCCGGAGCUGCAGCUGGUGCAUUUGCACUGUUAGGCGAGGAGCAGUGCAAGGUGCCUUCUGAGGAACUACCAUGUCUGGGGAUAGUUCAUCUUGCACAGAACACAGAAGCAGCAGCAGCAGCAGCAGCAGCAGCAGCUGUAAACCUCAUGCCUCCAACCUUCGGAAGGCAGGGAAGAAAUGCUCAUGGGCUUCCUACAUGACCAACUCCCCAACUCUCAUCGUUAUGAUUGGUUUGCCAGCCCGGGGGAAGACUUACGUGUCCAAGAAACUAACACGCUACCUCAACUGGAUUGGGGUACCCACCAAAGUGUUUAACCUCGGGGUAUAUCGGCGCGAAGCGGUCAAGUCCUAUAAGUCUUACGACUUCUUUCGACAUGACAAUGAGGAGGCUAUGAAGAUCCGCAAACAGUGUGCUCUGGUAGCACUGGAAGAUGUAAAGGCCUAUUUUACUGAAGAGAGUGGGCAGAUUGCGGUGUUCGAUGCUACCAAUACCACUCGGGAGAGGAGGGACAUGAUUUUGAAUUUUGCUGAGCAGAAUGCCUUCAAGGUGUUCUUUGUGGAAUCUGUCUGUGAUGAUCCUGAUGUCAUUGCUGCCAAUAUUCUGGAGGUAAAAGUGUCGAGCCCUGACUAUCCUGAAAGGAAUAGGGAGAAUGUGAUGGAGGACUUCCUGAAGAGAAUUGAGUGCUACAAAGUCACUUACCAGCCCCUUGACCCAGACAACUAUGAUAAGGAUCUGUCUUUCAUCAAGGUGAUAAAUGUAGGCCAGAGAUUUCUGGUCAACAGAGUCCAGGACUACAUCCAGAGUAAAAUUGUCUACUACCUUAUGAACAUCCAUGUCCAGCCUCGCACAAUCUACCUUUGCCGGCAUGGGGAGAGCGACUUCAAUCUUCUGGGGAAGAUUGGGGGUGACUCUGGUCUUUCACCUCGAGGAAAGCAGUUUGCUCAGGCUUUGAAGAAGUUUCUGGAGGAUCAGGAGAUCCAGGACCUCAAAGUGUGGACGAGCCAGUUGAAGAGGACUAUUCAGACUGCUGAGUGCCUUGGGGUGACCUAUGAGCAGUGGAAGAUACUGAAUGAGAUUGAUGCUGGCGUGUGCGAGGAAAUGACGUAUGCGGAGAUUGAGAAGCGGUACCCCGAGGAGUUUGCACUUCGGGAUCAAGAGAAGUACCUGUAUCGAUAUCCUGGUGGGGAGUCCUACCAGGACCUGGUGCAGCGACUGGAGCCUGUCAUCAUGGAGCUGGAGCGUCAGGGCAACAUCCUGGUCAUCUCUCACCAAGCCGUCAUGCGCUGUCUCCUGGCCUACUUCUUGGAUAAAGGAGCAGAUGAGUUACCAUACUUGAGGUGUCCUCUCCACACCAUCUUCAAACUUACUCCUGUGGCCUAUGGAUGCAAAGUGGAAACAAUUAAACUCAAUGUGGAGGCUGUGGACACACAUCGUGAUAGGCCAACGCACAACUUCCCCAAGAGCCAAACCCCUGUAAGGAUGAGAAGGAACAGCUUUACGCCUCUGUCCAGUUCGAACACAAUAAGGCGUCCAAGAAAUUACAGUGUUGGGAGCCGGCCCCUCAAGCCCCUCAGCCCUCUCCGUGCCCUGGACAUGCAAGAAGGGACGGACCAGCCGAAGACCCAAGUCCAGGAGGGGUCAGCCCAGGCUACAGAUCAUCCACAGAAAGCCCUGGAGGUUGCAAGUGGACAUAGGGUGAGAGCUCUUGCCUCCUUUCCUGAGAAACAGUCCGAAGUUGUUGCUGCCCUGGGGAGCUGGCUCUAAGGAUGUGGACAUGUUUUGGUUCGUGUUACUAACUGGAGGAACCAGACAGUCCUUUGCUGGUGUGGAGUGGGCUGGGGGUGGGGUGAAGUCCAGAUCUUACAGAGUCACAGUUCAGACUUCUGGUCCUGUGGCACUCAGUUUCUUCGAAUUCCAGUAGCUUUCCUGCAGCCCAUGGUCUUUGGGGCUGUUUAAAAUCAUCCCAUCUACCAUGGAGCCCUGAAUUUCUCCAGGCAAAAGGCAUCAGUAAAUUCAGUAAAGCUGCUCAUCAUUCACCAAUACUUUUUAGAAUAAUUUCCUUAAGCUAAGUUUUUACAUGAAAAAUUAUUUUUUGAGCAUCAAAGUUUUGAUAAUGAAUUUAGCCUCUUAUUGGGGCAUUUUGUUGGUAUUGGGAAGCUAUCUCAGUAUUCCAAGGGGGUCUCCUGAAGUUUGGCUCUUGGAAGUUUCUAUGUGUCUAUUACUUGCUUAAAAGGGAUUCUCUCUGCCUUGGCCUGGGGCCUUGUCUGCUGAGCUCAGUACCAGUUCAUCUGUGUACACUUUCCUAAGGGACAGAUCUAAAGGUCUCCUGAGAUUUUUCAGAAGAGACAGGGGAUUCCCUACCUCUCAGCUGGUUGUGUGGGGCCAGCUGGUGAGAGAAAAUUAGCAGUUUCCUGAGACUUUGUCUUGUGAUAGAAAGCUUUUUGAAGGAUUCUUAUCCGAAACAGUCUUUAGACUGUGCUGUAGAAUUUUUGAAAUAUGUGCAUGCCUGGGUCCCCUUGAGUCAGGUUGAGUACUGCUUCAAAAUCUCUGGGUUUGGAGCCUAGAUAUGUGGAUGUUUAAAUUACUUCCUUAGUGGUCAGUCCACUUAGUCAGUCCCAGGUUGAGAGGCUACUUGAGGGGCUGGGGGGAUGUCUCAGCCGUUCAGAGCACAUGCUGCUCUUCCAGAGGUCCAGACCUUGGUCCCUGGCAUUCAUGAUGAGUGGCUUACAGCAAGCAGCCUGUAACUCCAGCUUCAGGGGAUCUGGUGCUCUCUCCCUGGCUGUCCAGGUACUUCAUAUAUGUAGCUUAUAUAUACAUAGACAUAUAAAUACACAUAAAUCCCACUUUAUUAAGCUGAAUAGAAAAAUGCCAAUAUAUUGGUAUCUUACACAAGAAUGUAUCAGACUGGAAAUUGUGAAUUCUUGGUUCUGAUGCUAGAGCAGAGCACAGUUUUGAAUGAGUUUCCUCCUCAAAGGCAAGCUGCUUUGUUAGAAAGGUGUUCUGGGUUCUAGUCCCAUCUUUUACCUUGGUAUCACAGAAGCAUGAGCAGCACAUUACUGACUUAAACACGUACAUACCCUUGGAUCCACACUGAGAAUUUAGGCAAGGUGAAGGUACACAGAGGUAGAGCCUGAUGGAGGUGGUCAUCACAGGCGGCUGACUUCUGGCCUUGAGUCCUUUACCCAUCCAUCCUUUAGAGGCUGCCUGGAUUCUUGAAACUCAUCCAAGACAAAGACACUGGGAAUUGCUGUUAGGCGCUGCUCCUUGUCCCCUCUGGACCUUUGUUUGUGGGCACUGGACUUGGUGAGGAAAACACAUGCAGAGAGACAAAACAGAACAAACAUUUCCCGUUUCCUUGCCCUGGAUAUUACAGACAGAACGACAACCAACCAACCCUUAGGAGGCCAGGCAUGUAUGCGUGUUAGGGCGGGCUAGCUGGGACUGGAUAGCCUAUGUGGGGAAGGCUUGUUCCUGGAGGAAACUGAGUCUCCUCUCUCAGCAGCCUUGAUUGCCUGUGGCUCUUCAUCUGGUGGAGGUUUUUAUUCGUACACGUGUAUACAUGUAUGCGAAUGUAACAAUUAACUAGAAGAGAUUAUGAACUUGAAAGAGAGUAGGGAAAUGCUGGCAGAGUCGGACGGGGAACAGGAUGUAUAAGAUACUAAAAAUAAAGUUUAAAAAGACGGGAGAUGUAAUUGGUGAAUGGAUUAUCAAAAGAAUCAAACAGGCUAGGAGGGCUGACACUGGAGGAGAGGAUAGCCUGUCUUCGGACUGUUUUCUUGCUCUAUGCCUGUGAGACCCCAGAGGUUUGGGAUGUCUUCUCCCACAGUGUGAGGAUGAGAUGUGGUCUAGGCGGUAUGUCUGGCACUUUUACAUGGUUCCUUUGUCUACUGUUUAGUUAUUAGCAUCUCUGGUCUAAAUUGGCAUUCAGUCCUUUCUUCUGCUGCCAGGUAAGGGUAAUUCAGAGCUACUGAGUGGGAAGAGGAAGAACACUGGUCCAACAACUAAGGAUCUAGGCUCCUAGAGGAGCCGUUGCUGACCACUUGAGCCAGCUUGUUGUAACUACCGUCUUCAGGGGUGGUUCCCUGGACCGUCAUUCUGACUCUCUGUCCACUCCUCGCUCUCCCGGCCUCCCUGUUAGUUCACUCCUGGUGUAAGAAGAGCUGGGGAAGUCUUGUUAUCCCUGGAUAACAAGGAGUGGAAGUUGGAGCUGAAAAGCAGCAGGGUUUCAGCAUCCUUCACCUUUUAGAGCAAGAUCCUUCGGAGGAGCUGAGCAGGAGAAGCAGGAAAAGAGUGGAAAGUGCCCUUACUCCAGAGCUGAGGGAAGUCCCACUUCUCAUCUCUCCCCCUUGUUACUUAGGGGUGGGAGAUGACCCUGCUGUGCCUGUGUCUGUAUCACAAGCCCUGUAUCGAGGCUUUCAGUUUUGCUGUGGAGGGAAUAGGUGAAGGCUUGAAUCUACCUGUGUAAAAUGGAAGAGAAAGUAAUAGUCUGUAUUUAUUUAUUUAAUUAGUUAGUUAUUUAUUUUUAAACUCAAAGCUGAAUGGAAGUUGAAACCCCAAAGAAUGGUGGGAGUUGUAGCUUGGUGGUAGAGUACUUGCCUAGCAUGGAGGAGGCCCUGGGUUCAAUCCCCAGCCCUGGGGAAAACAAAACAAAACAAACAAACAAACAAAACAAAAAACACUGAGUGAUAAAGUCAGGAAAUGGAUUUGAGAGAGAAAUCUAAAAGAGAGUUAAAGAACCGCUACUGUCCUGUCUUGUUUCCAAACUAAAAUUUAGCGCUUACUGAUCAUUGAUGUAGGACCUUUUCUCUUGGUAAAGGAAUCAUUUCAUGAUUUUUAGACAGGCGUUGUGCUAUGUGUGUGUCACUCUUCCUGGUUCCUAAGGAGUCAGUUAGGGAUGCAGCAUGUUCGGGUUCCUAGACCAUCAAAUGGUUGAACAUUUCAGGCAAGGAGCUGAGUAACCCUCUUUGAAAACCACAGUUGAUCUCCAGGCCCCUCAUUUGAGAAAACAGUGUGAUUGUUAGGGAAUAAGCCUGCCUGAUGAUUCUUCUGGGACGGCUGUGAUCUGAGUUCCAGAGAAGCUCUUUAGUGUUUGGAGUGGCCAGUGAAUGGGGAAGCGCGUCAGGUGCCUGAGGCAGCUCCUAGUGAUGGGGUUUCACGCACAUCCCCCUGCCCUUGCUAGUCUCAGAAGAAUGUUCUGUUUGUAGAAGUUUUAGUAAAUUACCCAGUUUUCCUUGUAUUCAUUUUUACUUGUUUGUGUUUUAAAGCAUUUUUAUUUUAAAACUAUGUAGCAGUUGAGCCAGGUAGCGGGACUGCUGUGCAAGAUCUCCACUUUUCCCUAGAGGUGAUGGACACACAUCAGAAGUGUGGCCGAGAGUUUCGUUUUAUAGUGUCCAGAAGAUGAGAGGUCUGUCUGCCAACUGUCUCUCAUUUCUCAUUGUCCUGAUUGGUAGUCUAUUUACAUCACUCUAAUUCUUUACCUAUUACACAUGUCCUUCAAGAAAGGAACUGAAUAUUGUGCAUGUUUCCUUUUUGGAGAAAUUCGGUACACUAUGACUUUUCAUAGAUAAUUAUUGUGUAAUAGUGGCCAACUUCUCAUUAUUUUUUAAAAGAUGAUGUUGUAGGUGACUUGUAUGGCAUUUUGUGAUCCUAGCUAAGGUAAUGCUAUAAGAGUUGAGACUUACGGAAGUCACAGUAACAAUAAAGUUGUGACUUGACUUGAAGUUAUUUCAUCCAGUCCCCUGCUUCAGGGCAGGACUUCCUUUUUACCAUUCAUUUCUGAACCUAAUGUCUCCUCACACUAUGCUGUCAUGUACUCUUACUGAGAAUGCUGCUGUUUUUAGUCUGCUGUGUGUUUGGCCUUAAUCUUACACAAAGGGAAAUGUGCAUCCAAAAACUGAUCUCAAGAGUGACUCAGAGUAUUUCUUUUCUUAAGCCUUUCACUGGGUGUGUGACUAAUAUUCAUGUGACUCACUUUUUCAAGAAACUUCUGAAUGGUGUGUAUUUUGUUGUUGUUGUUGAGGCAACAAGGUCAACUUACUCAGAUGUGGUGGCUUUUCUGUGGCAAAGGGCCUGUCACCAAUGGGAAGUGUGACUCCUGAGCACUGCUGGUCUGGAUUGGGGGUGUGUGAUACAGAGGGCCGAGCGCUGCUGGUCUGGAUUAACACUGGCUGAACUUAGGAAGCCCAAUAACAGAAUUUUAUUGCAGAUUUCUUAGGCACAGGUCUGCUGAACGUGGGGAUGUCAAUCCUUAGUAGCAUUCUGAUUUAUUGUCGUGAUAAUUGAUAAUGAAAUAUUGCGUUGGGUCCAUUUAAAGUGUAUAUAAUUGUAUUCAAAAUGUGUUUUAUGUGCAUGUCUGUAUAGAAUGGGUUAAUAAAGUUGUUGAGUAACUUGACCGUA